AUGGCGCUGUGUCAUCCCGUCGGUAAAGACCAGUACUGCAUGGCUUCCCUGGGCCUGUCCCAGAGCCUGAGCACCGGAACACUGCAGCUGUACUGGGACGUGGACGGCACCACCGCCAUCGGCGCCACCUUUGCAUCGGCCGGCACGGGCGCGUCGCACACGGACGGCCCCUUCUCGAGCGUGGCAAGCGGCGUGGUGGCCACCUACACCGACGCUGGGGGGGAGCUGGACGACAGCACCUCCUUUGACCCCGGCGACUACGCGGCCUGCAGCAUGGUGGUGGCCGGCAACCUGGUGACGGGCGUGGGCAGCCUGGACAUCGGGUUCAAGUGGGAGGGCAGGCAGACACCCGACACCGCUACCGUCGCGGUGGCCGGACCCACCACAUCCUACACCCGCAGGAACAUGUUCCACCUGGGAGACCUGACCGAGGGAUGGGUGUGGUACACGGACGGCACGGGCCACCAGUUCCCGGCGGUCACGGACGACAGCACCUCCUUUGACCCCGGCGACUACGCGGCCUGCAGCAUGGUGGUGGCCGGCAACCUGGUGACGGGCGUGGGCAGCCUGGACAUCGGGUUCAAGUGGGAGGGCAGGCAGACACCCGACACCGCUACCGUCGCGGUGGCCGGACCCACCACAUCCUACACCCGCAGGAACAUGUUCCACCUGGGAGACCUGACCGAGGGAUGGGUGUGGUACACGGACGGCACGGGCCACCAGUUCCCGGCGGUCACGGUAGUGAUCAGUGGGCCCUACCAACCCGAUGUGGGCAUCUUCAGGCUCGACUGGUACUAUGACGAGGCCCGGUCGGUGCUCGGUCCACCCUUUGAACCCCAGGGAUUCCUCACCACGCAAACGGAGACGGUGAGCAGCACGCCACACUCUGUCCUUCCCCGGUACACUGACCCAGACGGAGUCACGCAGUACCUGCCCGGCUUUGCGCUGUUCUUCACAAACGCGCCCCCACCACCCUCACCUGCCUGA